GUCAGUCACUACUGCACACGUCUUGACUCCACAGCUCCAUAUUUUGCAGCAUGAAUGGAGCACAGUGCGUUAGCGAAAACUCAGUUGCAUUUUCCAACAGAUGAUCGCACAGAAGCAGGGCAGAAGAGGUAAUGGUUUCGUAUUCGUGCACUUGGCUGAGGCAACAUGCAGUACGCCGGUGAAAGUGCCGUCUCAAACUGCUUGUGAAAAGCUAGGGUGUCCAUUUCUGCGGAAGCCCGCAAAGUGUAGGAAAGUACAAGAAAGGCAAAAAUUGGCAUCCACCCGAAUUGUAGCUAAUCAGGAAAAAAAGAAAAAACACGGUGCAAGAUACAAUUUUAAGACUACGAUCUUUGAUGGUCAGACCUCUCACGACUGAACACUUGCACCGUGUUUAUUAAUUUUUUUUAUUCGUUGAAUAGCCUGUUAACAUUAGCUGGGACGCAUGGUAUACAUUUGCUGAGUAGACCAUAAAUAUGAUCACUUUGGCACAAACAAGGAGGGACGGAAGAGAACAAGGGGAGUGCCAACUUUCGACAAACAGUUGAAAGUUGGUGCUCCUCAUCCUGAACAUGCCAUCAAGAAGGCAGCAGCAGCACCCACGAGCAAUGUCUGGCAGGGCUUCACGUGGAGAGAUCCACUUUAGAAUGAACAAUUAAUGCACCUUUGUAGAACAAAACCGCUUUGGUACACAGUGCUACUAUCUACACCAAUACAAAGCUAUCUGUUCUACCCGUGUAUCAGGCAUAUUAUUUUAUGGUCCAAUAGACCAGUAAAGGCUAUCACCCCUACUGGUGUAUCAGGUCUAUCGUUUCAUAAUCCAAUAAGAAGAAACCUAUAUACACCAAUAUAUUUCUAUUAGAAUUUUUAUUAGGGCGGUUAAGAUGGUUUUUGAUUUUUGUGCAGAGCUCUGGCGUCGGAGGAAUGGCUUCCAAUUACACAAAAUCGGUGCACAUUGCCGUGAGGCUGAGCCUGCCCACCCCCAGAGAAGACAGCGCGCGGUCGGUGCGUGUGCUUCCGCAACAGGCCUCUACUGCUCCUGGAGGGGCUCGCGUUGCAGCCCAUAACUGGGAUGCCCUACUGAUUGAAACUAGGAGAUCAGAGCUGCGAAUCCGUGUUCGAGACAAGCCGGCGCGAUGCUUCGUUGGCCUGCUGCGGCGCCCAGAAUGUUGCCGCGCAGGCUUUUUCGGGCCGCAAGCAGCGCUUUCAGAUCGCCUGGGACUUUCCCGCACUUUCGUGCCGAGCCGAGAAAGUGCCUGAACGCGGCCCUAUACGCUGGGCCGCCGUUGCGGCCGGUCGAAGCGGCACAAGGCGUGAAACUAGGGCCCGAAAUGGUCCCGAACUGCGACCCGAGAAACACAAAAACUGAUGUCGGAGUACGGCGCAGUUUGCGCUUUCACUCGGGCAACCUGAGCUCCAACGGGUUGUAUUUGAGCCAGAAUUUGCGAGUCGCCUGUUCAGCAUCGACCAAUGAUGUCAUCGUGACACGAUAGGUGGAUUAGACACCGAAACUAGUGUAUCGAUGAGCAAACGUGAACACCGUAGCGAUAGCGUCUUCUAUGCUAUGGUUGUAGUUUGGUGCGCACCAAAUUGUAAUGCGCUGCGUCACAGUGUUCAAUUUUGGUUCUACAGGUAGCCAGGAGUUCGAUACAUCAGGCUGUGCUAAAUAGUUGGCAUUGUAAAGCUAUCUUUUGCGACAUUUCUGGUCUCUAAAAGUGAACGGAUACGAAAUUUCGACAUUUCCAGCAUCGUAGAGACCCGCGGGCUCGCGGCCUCGCGCGAUUGGCCGGUCGGCAGCACGAUUUGUGCCAAUGAGCGGCGAGCGCGCUUUUUUCGCCGCCGCCGCCGGGAAGCCGCGCACCCGGUCGACCGUCACACGCCACUUCGUCGGUUGCUCUCGUAGCGUUCGCACAGGUUUUUUGUCCGUAGCAUUUUCUUUCUCGCAACAGUCAUGGCUGAGGAGACGAGCACAGCCGCAGCAGCGCCGGCCGCGUCGUCGGCACCCCAGAGCCCCAAGAAGAAGGCGGCGCGCGGAGCCGGCAAACCCCGCACCACGGCCAGCCACCCCAAGGUGUCGGCCAUGGUGAACGCGUCCAUCGGCGAGCUGAAGGAGCGCGGAGGGUCGUCGCUGCAGGCCAUCAAGAAGCACAUGGCGGCCACCUACAAGGUGGACGUGGAGAAGCUGUCGCCGUUUAUCCGCAAGUACCUCAAGUCGGCCGUCACCUCGGGCGCGCUGGUCCAGACCAAGGGCAAGGGCGCCAGCGGUUCGUUCAAGCUGGCUGCGGGCGCCGCUGCGGGCGAGAAGAAAAAGGCCAAGGCUGCAGGAGUCGUCAAGAAAGCCGCCAAGAAGCCCGCCAAGAAGACUCCCAAGAAGUCUCCCAAAAAGGCUCCCAAGAAGGUGGCGGUCAAGAAGGUCAAGCCAGCAAAGAAGCCCAAGGCCGAGAAGAAGGCGUCGCUGCCCAAGAAACCCAAGAAGCCGGCGGCCAAGAAGGCGGCCACCCCAAAGAAGGCAGCCAAGAAGUAAAGCUCGUCCUCCACGAGUCUGCCCCACGGGCACACACAAACGGCCCUCGUCAGGGCCACCCGAAACGUUUGUUUCGGCGGAACCGUUUACCGCGGUGCUCCUACCCCCGUGACCUCUCGUUUUCGCCCGGUCAUUCGCGGACCCACAUCGAUCUAUCGCGCCGCCGUAACCAUGGGCUCCGAUCUCGUAUAACAACCAGUUCACGGAUUUCUAGCCCGUGCGCGCUCCUCUGCGCGAAUCCCCCACGUUCGAGGACAGCGCAACUGCACCUAAAUUCUGCUUAUGCGAUGCAGCAUGUACAGUGCACUAGUGAGUGAUGCAACACGGCUUAACAGAAAACCGAGUUAUUUGUA